AUGUUAAGAAGAGAUUGGGAAAAUGAAGAAAUCGCUCAUUUGUCACCUGAAACUAUUGAAUUGAUUGAUAGCAACUCAAAGAAUAAAUUUUAUGAUAUUUUGUUUCCUGAAAUAUCUCUAAAUAAAAUAAUCGUAUGGAUUAGUUUUUUCCAAAUAAUAAUUUAUAUAAUAAGUUGUUUAUUGAGCGAAAACUUAGCAUUGCCAAAUGUGCAGAUCUUGAUGUUUCUUGGUGCUACUUACGGCCCGUCUAUUAAGCAAGGAGAAUUGUGGAGAUUGGUGUUUCCCAUAUUUUUACAUGCGAAUUGGUGGCAUUUAAUUAUAAAUAUUAUAUGCAUAUUAAAUUUAGGUUUAGUAAUUGAAAGUAAAUAUAAAUCAAGCAAGUUUCUGUUAAUAUAUUUUUUGUCUGGUUUAACAGGGAAUGUGUUAACUACAAUAUGUAACCCUUGCCAGCUUGCUGUUGGCGCAUCAACUAGUGGGUUUGGGUUAAUUGGUUGUUCAAUUUUAGAAAUAUUCUUGGCUUGGAAAAAUUUAUCGAAGAAGGCAAAAAAGUAUUAUAUUUUCAAUAUAUGCGUUUUUUUAAUAUUCUUUUUAUUUGUUAGUUUUUCUCCGACUGUUGAUUUUUUUGGCCAUAUAGGGGGUUUCUUGUGUGGGGCCUUUUUGGCCUGCCACUUCAACAAGUUUGUGGGAUAUGACUUCUUUCAAAAGACACUAUAUUAUAGCUUUGCCUCUAUUUGUGCCUUAAUUAUUUUUUAUUUUCCCGUUAGGCUGUUUGUCAUUAAUAUGCCGUGUGAACUUGAGUAUUAG